AUGAAACUCCGAUCGCUGCUAUCCACAUGCUCCGCCACCAUCUGCACCACCACCACCACACCACAAAAAGAAAACUCUGAACCACCACAACCCAAACUCCUAUUCUACGAAACCAGCAGCACCAUCUCCGAUGCAACCACCGCCGCCACCAGUCCGUCACUGGAUACCAGUUACAAUUACAGUUCUGGCAGCAGUCUCCAUAGCAAUCUCUCCCUUCAAACUCUACCCUCCGUUCCCUCCCUCCAAAAAUUCUCCCCUGACACCCUAAACCUAACCGUCUCCCAUGGCUAUCUCACCUCCCUUAAACCCUCACCGGCAGCCCAUGUCAAUUUCCUUGCCGUCCAUAACCACCUUCUCUACGCCGCCUCCGGCAACCGCAUUCACGUAUUCAAUACCACAACGUUCGCGCUACUUGAAACCCUCACCGUCAACAACUCGUCGUCAGGCUCCGUGAAAUCUGUUACUUUUCAAAACGGAAACGUGUUGACGUCUCAUCAGGAUAGUAAGAUCCGAGUAUGGAAAUUAAUGGAAAACAAACGGCACAAACAAUCAGCGACACUCCCGACGUUAGAGGAUCGGUUGCUCCGAUCAAUUUUACACAAAAAUUACGUCAAUGUCCGCCGUCAUCGACGGCGGUUAUGGAUCCAACACCAGGACGCCGUCACCGGACUAGCCGUGAUCAACGAUAACCUAAUGUGUUCCGUUUCAUGGGACAAAUACUUGAAAAUCUGGAAAACUUCAAAUUUCCGAUGUGUCGAGAGUAUCAAAGCUCACGACGAUGCAAUCAACGCCGUCGUAGUGGCUGCCGACGGCACUAUUUACACCGGAUCCGCCGAUCACCGGAUUAAAGUUUGGGGAAAGCCAAUCGGCGAGAAUAAGCAUGGGUUGAUUGCGACGUUGGAGAAGCACAAGUCAGCUGUGAACGCACUUGCUAUUAACGACGCCGGAUCGGUGUUGUUUUCCGGCGCCUGUGACCGAUCGAUUUUGGUGUGGGAGAAGGAAGACAGUGCAAAUCAUAUGGCAGUCACGGGUGCGUUGAGGGGACACCGUAACGCUAUCCUGUGUCUACUCAACGUGUCAGAUCUAUUAUUCAGUGGGUCUGCUGAUCGGACGGUCAGGAUUUGGCAACGUGGGUUUGACGGGAAGUUUUGUUGUUUGACCGUUUUAGACGGGCAUAGACAACCCGUACGAUCCUUGGUGGCGGACUCGGAUUCACAAGGAUCCGGAUCCGGAUCCGAAUCCAUAAUAAAGGUGUUUAGUGGAAGCUUUGAGGGAGAGAUUAGGGUGUGGAAGGUUGUGGUUUCGAAUCUUGCAAGUCCGAUGUCAAGUCAUCUGUUUAAAUUAAGAUUGUGAUGAAACUGGGUUUGUUCCGUGUAUUUUUACGUUGUGUGCUGUUUCGGUAUGAAAACGUAUGGAAUGGAAUCUUGUUAUGGGUUCUGU